AUGGCAAACCUACCGCAGCAGUUCAUGCGCGAGCUGACGGCUCCACGAGCAUGGUUCCUGCUCCUCCUCCCUCUCUUCCUCUUGCUCGUACGCUACUCGGUGAGUAGCAAGAGAGCGAGGAAGCGGCAGCAGCAGCAGCUAGACGAAGACGACGACCAUCUACCUCUGCCGCCUUCACCACCGGCGCUGCCCGUCUUCGGGCACCUCCACCUCAUCGGCUCGCUCCCUCACGUCUCCCUCCGGAACCUCGCCAAGAAGCACGGCUCCGACCUCAUGCUGCUCCGCCUCGGCGCCAUGCCGGUGCUCGUCGUGUCGUCGCCCCGCGCCGCCGAGGCGGUGUUGCGCACGCACGACCACGUGUUCGCGUCCCGGCCGCGCUCCGUGGUCGCCGAGGUCGUCCUGUACGGCUCCUCCGACAUCGGCUUCGCGCCGUACGGGGACCACUGGCGGAAGGCCAGGAAGCUCGUCACCACCCACCUGCUCACCGUCAGAAGGGUGCAGUCGUUCCGCCACGCCCGCGAGGAAGAGGUGAGCACGGUGAUGGCUCAGAUCGCCGAGGCGGCCGCUGCUGGCGCGGCGGUGGACGUGGGCGAGCUGCUCGGCUCGUUCAUGAAUGAUCUGGCGUGCCGCGCCGUAAUGGGCAAGUCAUCCGGCCGGGGCCGGACCAAGCUGUUGCGGGAGCUCGUUGCCGACACGUCGCCCCUCUUGGGAGGCUUCAACGUCGAGGAGUUCUUCCCGUUGCUGGCUCGCUUCGGCGUUCUCAGCAAGGUGGUCCGCGCCAAGUCAGAGCGACUGAGGAAGAGGUGGGACGAGCUCCUGGACGGGCUGAUCGACGACCAUGAGAGCAUGUACGAGCCGAUGGCAGCGGCGUCGUCGGCGAGUGAUCUCAAGGACGAGGACGAGGACUUCAUACAUACGUUGCUUUCUGUUCGACAGGAGUACGGCCUCACCAGAGAGUCCAUGAAAGCUAUCCUACUUGACGUAUUUUUCGGCGGCAUAGACACAGCAGCUUCGCUACUCGAAUACACCGUCAUUGAGCUCAUUCAGAGGCCACACGUGAUGAAGAAACUACAGGCCGAGGUUCGGAGCAGCAGCCUGCCCCAGCACCAGCAGGGACAAGACAUCGUCAGAGAGGCCGACCUGAACAACAUGGCCUACCUGAGAGCUGUCAUAAAGGAGGCGAUCCGGCUACGCACCGUGACGCCGCUGCUGGCGCCGCACCUCUCCAUGGCCCGCUGCACCAUCGACGGGCUCGCGGUCCCGGCCGGCGUGCGCGUGCUCAUCAACGUCUGGGCCAUCGCCAGGGACGCGCGCUUCUGGGAGGACGCGGAGGAGUUCGUCCCGGAGCGGUUCCUCGACGGCGGCAGCGCGGCGGAGGUGAGCUUCAGGGGCACCGAUUUCCAGUUCCUGCCGUUCAGCGCCGGGCGCAGGCAGUGCCCCGGGAUCAACUUCGGGAUGGCCGCCGUCGAGGUGAUGCUGGCGAACCUCGUGCGCCGCUUCGACUGGGAGAUGCCGGCGGGUAAGGCGGCGCGCGACAUCGACAUGGCCGAGGAGUUCGGGCUGGUGGUGCACCGGAAGGAGAAGCUCCUCCUAGUUCCGAAACUAUGCGCGUAG